AGGGCUCUUAACUCUCCCUUGCAUUCCAAGGGAAACACCAAUAAAGCUCUGGCAGUUCUCCCCUUGGGCCCCUCAUCUCCUAUCUGAUUUGUUUGAGGUAUAGAAAAUAUCUUAUAUUGUUCUCAGUGAAGCAGGAAUAUUGCCCCGCUCUUAAAAUUCUCCUCCUCUAGCAGCAGUUCUGGUGCAAGGCAACUAUCAGUUCAUCGCAAGAGCAGAUAUCUGGAGAAUCAUUUCUGGUAACUCCCUGUCUGUGCCCAAAAGGAAACUCCGUCUGUGCCCGAAAACAACAGAAACGGAAGCGAACUUGGCAACUCUCCCAUCCUGCAGUCGAGGCAGCCAUGGCGACUGGGGGUCCCGUCCAAGAGCUCUGUGACGAAGUCACCUGUCCCAUCUGCCAGAAGUAUUUUAAGGACCCGGUGAUGUUCGUAGAGUGCGGACACAAUUUUUGCAAAGCCUGCCUGCCCCGGAGCUUGGGGGAGUCCAUCGAAAAGGUCUCCUGCCCUGAGUGUAGAGGACCAGCUCAGCCAAGGAAAAUGAAGCCGAAUCGGCAGCUGGCAAAUGUUGUAGAGAUUGCCAAGAAACUCAGUCUUCAGCGGGGUGGGAUGGAGGCAGCAAAGGCUCAGAAGUUGCAAGGAGGAAAUCCGAGAACUUGCGAGAAACACCGGGAGCCCCUCAAACUCUUCUGUGAAGAGGAUCGAGCCCUCGUCUGUGUGGUCUGCGAUAGAUCCAAGGAGCACAAACAUCAUGAGGUGAUUCCUGUGGAAGAGGCUGCCCAGAAAUAUAAGGGUAUAUUACAUGGCUACAUUGAGAUUCAGAGGAAGGAGAGAGAAAACAUUAUGGCCUGUAAAGCAGACACAGACAAGAAAAGCCAGGAACUGCUGAAGCGAACAGAAGCUGCGAGGAAGAAGUCAGUGAUUGAGUUCAGGAAAUUACACCAGUUUCUGGAGGAACAGGAGCGACUUCUGUUGGCCCAGAUAGAAAAAGUAGAGAAGGAGAUUGCAAGAGAAAGGGAUGAGUACCUUGGCAGACUCACUGUUGAACUUUCCCCUCUUGAAAUUCUCAUCCAGGAAAUGGAAGAGAUGGCUGUCCAGCCAGCGACUGAAUUCCUUCAGGAUGUCAAAGGCUCCUUUGAGUGGUAUGGGGAGAAAGAAGAAUUUGGGGAUUCAUUCACUCCUAACUUGCGCCUGAUGUGGAUGAUCAACAACUUUGACCACGUGACCCGCUUUCUGGAGGCCAAUCUGCCACAAUUCAAAGAUACCCUGGCAUCUGAGCUUCAGCUGCAGAAAGCUGAAGGAUUCUGGGAGCGGAUGAACAAGCGAGGUGAGACAAGUUCAUUAGUAGACGUUAACGUGACUCUGGAUCCUGACACGGCUCACCCACUGAUCCUCCUCUCUAAAGAUCAGAAGAGCAUGGCACUAGGAAACGUGCCUUUAUGUCUGCCCAACAAUCCUAAGAGAUUUGAUACAUCAACUAUGGUGUUGGGAUGUGAGGGGUUCACAUCAGGCCUACGUUUCUGGGAAGUCAAUGUAGGGUGUGAGGGAUGCUGGGCUGUGGGGGUUGCCAGGGAGUCUGUGAGGAGAAAGGGCGAGGUCACCAUCAGUCCUGAGCACGGGAUCUGGGCUUUGGCAAAAUUGGGUGAUAGGUACAUGCCUCUCGCUGAUACUCAGAGGAGUUUUCUUAGCCUGGAGAGGAAGCUAAAAAGGAUCCAAGUGUGUCUGAACUAUAAGUUAAAGCGAGUGGAGUUUUUUGACCUUGACACAGGGGAGUUUCUUUACACAUUCUCAGAUGCCUCCUUCCGUGAUGAAAUGCUUUUCCCCUUCUUUUGGAUGGUUAAACAUGGCAACCUCAGCCUUGCUUAGAAUUGCAGUGCUGGGGCUACUUGGAAUGUUUUGGAGACUUAGUGGUGUAUUGUAAUCUGUAUGUGUGUUCUCUUACCUUGCUAUUUUGCUCGUUGCCCCAUUUCAGGAGUGUUCUUAGACUAAACACGCUUGAUAGUUCUGAGUAAAACAUCUUCGGAUUUUACCCUUUCUCCACUUGCUGGGUCUCUGAUCUGAGCUGCACCGUUUGGCAUCCUUUCCUUCACUUCACUUAAGUCAUAGGCAGCCUUCUCCCACCCCCGGCAGUUACUGAUUGUUUUGAAGGCUACACCAGCCCAUGCAAGUAACCACAUUAUCUCCUGCUUCUACACAUCCACAUUGGAGGCAGAAAACAUAGCUUCCAAUCUUUGCCAGGUUGUGAAAAUCACUGAGUGGCAA